AUGUCGCCAAACAAUGCCAGCUUUCUGAUCAUCUCCGACACCCACGGUCUCGACAUCCAUGAGAACACAGUUCAACAUUUCCGCCUUCCGCUUCCCAAAGUCGAUGUUCUUCUCCACUGCGGAGAUCUCACACAAGUCGGUGGCCAUGGUCCUUUUCGCAAAGCACUGAAGAUGUUGGGCGAGAUCGAUGCCGAGCUCAAGCUAGUCAUCGCUGGCAACCACGACCUCGAGCUCGAUGGCGAAUACUGGCGCUCGCAUCUGAACGAAGAAGACGGCGACGAAGCUGAAGAGCACGACCAAGCUGUCGCCAUCAUGAGAGGCCCACUGGCGAAAGAAGCUGGUGUCACAUAUCUCGAACAAGUAACUCACACUUUCACGCUGAAGAGUGGUGUCUCUUUCUCUAUCUACGUUUCGCCAUACUCGCCUGCUAUCAAUGACUAUGCAUUCGGCUAUCCGUCUUCCGAAAACAGAUUUGUCGACCUCAAGGAUCAUGUCGAUAUCAUGAUGACUCAUGGCCCGCCUAAAAAUAUCCUCGACGCAUGUCCCAGCGGCAAUGUUGGAUGCGAUCAUCUUCUCGCCGCUCUGAAUCGUGCUAAGCCUUUGCUGCACUGCUUUGGUCAUAUUCAUGAAGGCCAUGGAGCUCGAACAAUCAGCUGGGAUGAAAAAGCCGAUGCAGAAAAUUAUCUCAUGGUCGCCAAACCGGUGGACAUCGACAAGACGGAGCGUUGGCAUACUGUUCGUAAGAGCGAAAAGUCGAAUGAGACAUUGGCUGUCAAUGCUGCCAUCCAGGGCGAGAACGGCGAGUUCUGCAAUGCUCCUUGGCUUGUGUAUCUGCCUCUUUAG